AUGGACGAUAUCGAAGAGUACAAAGCCCUCACGUCUGUAUUUCUGGCCUACUACCAUUUCCACCAGUGGGAAUACGACCAGCUCAUUAAGCCUCGUGGCAUCAAGUACAACUCCCUCCCGCCCGAUGAGCAGCGUCUCUUACCGUGGUAUACGCAACAUACCGAGUCGUUAAAGCAAGCCAUCAACACCAAUAAACAAUUCACCCAAUUCGUGGCCCUCACGAUCUGUAAACAGUUCGGGAUCGAGGAAAGCCCCUCGUCGUGGUACGAAGCCGGCCAUGACGACUUCGACAAGGUCCGGUCCAUUCUUUUGCAGCUUAAACGAGAAUGGGGUGAUGAGGGUGAGCACGAACGGCUAGUAUUCGAGCGGAUGAUAUGUGAAUUGAACCACAAAUACCCCGACUUCAGCGCCCGUCAACACGUUAACGUGCUUCUCCCCGGGUGUGGCUUGGGCCGACUUGUGUUUGAAGUGGUCCGCAAUGGGUACCGGGCCCAGGGGAAUGAGUUUAGCUACCAUAUGCUCAUCAUGGCCAACUUCAUGUUAAAUUUUUGCAGCCACCCGUUUCAAAUCCACCCAUACUUACACAAGUUUUCUAACGUCUGCAACCGGGCGGAUCAGCUUAGGCUGGUGGUGAUUUUGAACCAUGCCGGUGGUACCAACGGCUUUGAACAGUUGAUGCUAGCACACCCCGAUGUCCCGUUUAUGGAAUUGAUGUCUAUGGCAGCAGGCUCGUUCACCGACCUCUACGGACCCGACCUGCUCACCACCAACAGCACGAGCCCCAACGAGUUCCGUGCCACCAACAAGGCACACUUUGAAGCGGUUCUUACAUGCUUUUUUCUCGAUACUGCGUCCAACAUCAUCGAAUACUUGAAAACCAUCGCAUACUGUCUCAAAAAACUGGGGAUUUGGAUCAACUUGGGGCCACUUUUGUGGCACUUUGAAAACGACUUCAACACCUCCCACAUCACACUCCCACUGGGGGAACAGGUUCCUACGAUCAUGAAAGGGCUUGAACUUUCCCGAGCAGAUUUGAUACAGCUCAUUGAGGACAUGGGGUUCCAGUUCGAGAAAAUGGACACGCACGAGCAGCGGACCGUCACCAUCUAUGCAGCCGACCCUCGGCUCCUCUCGAACUUCACCUACCACUGUGAAUUCUGGAUUUGCAGCCAAUAA